CCAGCUACAAUUGUAUAUCACUUGGCCUCUGGCCAGAUUGGUGGAGAAAGGCAAGUUCUCAGGCUGCAGAGGAAGCAGAGCUCCAAUCUGUUCAUGCCAAUGGCUGCUGGCACCUGGGUGAAGCUAGAGCAGAAGGGAGAUGGGCCGGGAGCAAGAAGCUCCCACGCCAUCACCCUCGUCGGCGGCACGGCGUACGCGUUCGGCGGCGAGUUCACGCCGCGCGUGCCGGUGGACAACGCCAUGUACGCCUUCGACCUCAAGUCGCAGUGCUGGUCGGCGCUGGACGCCUCCGGCGACGUGCCGCCGCCGCGCGUCGGCGUCACCAUGGCGUCCGUCGGCGCCACCGUCUACAUGUUCGGCGGUCGCGACCAGGAGCACAAGGAGCUGAACGAGCUCUACUCGUUUGACACGGCGACCAACAGAUGGACGCUGCUGUCCUCCGGCGCCGGCGACGGCCCGCCGCACCGGAGCUACCACUCCAUGGUGGCCGACGCCGCGGGGGGCGGGAAGGUGUACGUGUUCGGCGGGUGCGGCGACGCCGGCCGCCUCAACGACCUGUGGGCCUACGACGUCGCCGCCGGGCGGUGGGAGGCGCUGCCGUCGCCGGGCGAGGCGUGCAAGCCGCGGGGAGGCCCCGGGCUGGCCGUCGCCGGCGGGAAGGUGUGGGUGGUGUACGGCUUCUCCGGCGAGGAGCUGGACGACGUGCACUGCUACGACCCGGGCACGGGCGCGUGGUCCACGGUCGAGACCACCGGCGGCGGCGGCGGCGGCGACAAGCCGUCCCCGCGCAGCGUGUUCUGUGCCGCGGGGAUCGGGAAGCACGUGGUGGUGUUCGGCGGCGAGGUGGACCCGAGCGACCUGGGGCACCUCGGCGCCGGCAAAUUCUCCGCCGAGGCGUUCGCGCUGGACACGGAGACGGGCGCGUGGGCGAGGCUGGACGACGCGGGCGAGCACCACCCGGGGCCGAGGGGAUGGUGCGCGUUCUCGGCGGGGGAGGUGGACGGCCGGCGAGGGCUGCUGGUGUACGGCGGCAACUCGCCGACGAACGAUCGCCUCGGCGACAUCUACUUCUUCACUCCGCCGCUGGCUUAAUAAUUCCUGAACCGGCGAGCGACCUUGUCGACCUCCGUCAUGCAGGUGUCCGCGUGCUUCCCUUCUGAGCGUUGGGUAGUUGUGUGGUUUGUCACUGUGUUUGAUGUUGGUGUUGGUAUCAUGUUAUCCUGUGUUGUGUAGCUGAUGAAAUAAAUGUGAUGCAUUGGUCAUUGGUGCUGCAAGAGGCUUCAAAUGCCUGUUUUCCAAACAAAAUGUCGCCUAAGUAACUAAGUUCAUAGGGUA